GCUCAAUUUUUUUCGCGGUUUAUGUGUCAAAAUCCCCCCAACAACAAGGUGUUCUUGAAAAAGCAAAACCCUUAAAACCCUUGAACAAUAGCCGUUGCAGUCUGCUACAACCCAAUCCGCCAAUGGGGGAUUCAACUACGAUUAACUGUGUUAAGCACAUCGAAACGUAUGUCGAUUCGUCGUCGUCUAAAUCUCCGGCUGAACAGGAUGCAAGUUUAGAUGCAAUUGCGAAGCUCGUGAUGAAUGAUAUGAUAACUCUGGAAUCACUGGUAAGAGAAAUGGGGAUGUAUUUAACUACUACAGACAACAUCAUUCGUGCUAGAGGCAUCCUCCUUCUUGCAGAGUUGUUGACACGCAUAUCAUCAAAGCCUUUAGAAAAUGCAACAAUACAUAGUUUGAUUGGGUUUUUUGCAGAAAGACUGUCAGAUUGGAGAGCACUACGUGGUGCACUUGUUGGUUGUUUGGCUCUAAUGAGAAGGAAAGGUGACAUCAGCAGCAGUGAUGCAACUGCAGUUGCUCAAUCAUUCAUGCAAAACCUACAAGUUCAAUCUUUAGGUCAACAUGACAGAAAGCUUUGCUUUGAGCUUCUAGAAUGCCUUAUAGAUUGUUAUCCCAACACUGUGAUGACAAUGGAGGAUGACUUUGUUUAUGUAAUCUGUGAAGCUAUAGAUGGUGAAAAAGAUCCACAAUGUUUAUUGCUCACUUUUCAUCUAGUGGAAAUGCUAUCACAUUUGUAUCCAGAUUCAUCUAAUUCACUAACAAGCUAUGCUGAGGAUCUUUUUAACAUUUUGGGAUCUUAUUUCCCAAUUCACUUUACACACCCAAAAGGAGAAGAUGAUGUGAAAAGGGAAGAGCUCUCAAGGGCACUAAUGCUGGCUUUUGCAUCUACUCCACUUUUUGAGCCGUUUUCCAUUCCAUUACUUCUUGAGAAACUUUCUUCAUCUCUUCCAUCAUCAAAGGUUGAAUCAUUGAAGUAUCUUAGCUACUGCACACUUAAAUAUGGACCCCACAGAAUGCUACAACAUCUUGAACAUCUUUGGUCAUCAUUAAAAGAUGCAAUAUUCACAUCAGAUCAAUCUAAUUCCAACAAAAUAACAUCCGAAUCUCUUGUUCUUCUACAAAAUCUCAUUCAACAAGAUAAUGGCGUAUUUGUAAAUUUGAUCCUAAAGGAUGCAGACAUCAACAUGACCUUGAACUCCCUCUCAAAUUAUAACAAUCAUGAUGAUUCUACAAUGCCAGAUCAGCAAAGAUUAAACUCAAUUGGUCAGAUUUUACAUGUUUCAUCUGCAGCUUCCAUGGCUUCUUGUAAUGCAAUUUUUCAGAGUUUUUUCUCUGGUUUAGUAAAUGGUUUGGAGAAAGAUUAUGCUUCUGAAAAACCUAAAUUCGGGUGCCUUUAUAUCUGUGUUGAAUUAUUAGCUGCUUGCAGAAUUUUGGUUAUGAAAAAUGAUGAAGUGAAUUAUAAUGACAAUGAGACAUGGUGUAUCAUGCUUCAUAGCUUCUGUGAUUCAUUGAUUUCUUCUUUUGUAAAAAGUAUGAAAGAAAGCAAUGAGGAUUCCUACACUCAAUCUGGAGUUAGGGGUUUGAAGAUUUUAGCUUCAUUUCCCGGGAGUUUCUCGCCUGUAUCAAAAUCCACAUUUGAGAAUAUUUUGAGAGAAUUUAUUUCAGUUAUUAUCAUCAAGUUCAACAAUACAUUUCUAUGGAGCUCCAUAUUAGACUCAUUAACUGAAAUCGGCUCAUUUAUUGAAAAAUCUCAAGAUUCUGAGAAAAUGCCAAGUUUUGAUGCUAUUAUUGUUGACAAAAUGGUGGAUUUGUUAUCUUCUAAUGAUUCAACAAUGCCCUUUUCACUCAAAGUGAAAUCAGUAUCUGAAAUUGGCUUGAUUAAUCUUAAAUAUAUGAUGAAGAUUGUUCAAGAACUGAACAAAACUAUUGUUUCCAGUUUACACAAAUCUUGGAUUGAUGGAGACUCAAAGUCAGUUGAACAUGCAAUGAUUCUUUUGGAAUGCUAUGAUCACAAGAUUCUUCCAUGGUUUCAGAAUAUCAAAGAUUCUGAUGAUGUGGCAACAAAUUUUGCAUUAAAGAUUUGGGAUGAAAUUGAAGAUAACACACUUUUCUAUGACACCCUUGUGGAAAAAAAGCUUCUAGAAACAACAAUGAACACAAUGAAGCAUGCAGUGGCAACAUGUUCAGAGGAGAAUCAAACCAAGAUUCUUGAAAAAUCCUUCAAAGUCAACGAGUCCAAUCUGGUCAACAAAGUCUUGCAACCAAGAAACGAGUGGAUUAUCUCAUUAUUUAAUUCGGUCAUAAUCGCCCUUCACCCAAAAACAAACAUAAAAAACCCCAAAAAAACCCUGGAAACACUCACAGAAUCUCUCACAAAUGGCCACACCUCAUCAGCUCAUGCUUUAGGAUCCUUUUUCAACAAGAUUCCUUCAAAUGAAUCAAUAAUAGAUAAUAAUACAUUUAGCCACUUGAUAAGAUUCUCUAAUGUUGAUAAUCAUGGAUUAAUUGGGAUUAAUGUUGAUGCGAUUAUUGGAUUAUCAUGGAUGGGAAAAGGGUUGCUUAUGAGGGGACAUGAAAAGGUAAAAGAUGUGAUCAAGUUUUUUCUUGAUUUCUUGAUUUUAAAUUCACCUCAAGAUCAAGAAAUGGUGGGUUUAAUGAGAAGUGUUGCAGAUUCUUUUGGUAUUAUGAUGAGUGAUUCUGAGUUUUGUUUGAAUAAAAAAUUAAAUUCGGUUAUAAAACCGUUGUAUAAGCAACGAUUAUUCAGUAUAGUGAUGCCAAUUUUAUCAUCAUCAAUUGUGAAGUCAGAUUCACCAGUUACAAGAUCCAUGCAGCAUCGAGCACUUGCACAUGUCAUAUCUAAUGCUCCAUUGAGUGCUGUUUUGGGUGAAGCCAAGAAGCUUAUUCCAUUGAUGCUAGAUGGUUUAACAAUCCUUAGUGAAGAUGUUGAAAAUCGAGACAUUUUAUAUAAUCUACUCCUUGUUUUAUCAGGAAUGUUGACUGAUAAAAAUGGUGAAGAAGUGAUUGUGGAAAAUGCAUACGUCAUCAUCAGGUGUAUCAACAAGCUUGUAGUCUAUCCACACAUGAUGUUGGUACGUGAGACAGCUGUUCAGUGUCUGACUGCCAUGUCAGAGGUGUCCUACGCUAGGGUUUAUCCAUUCAGACCAGAGGUGUUACAAGCAUUAUCAAGAGCACUUGAUGAUCCCAAGAGAAAUGUUCGUCAAGAAGCUGUCAGAUGUCGCCAAGCAUGGGCCUCAAUUUCAUCCAGAAGUCUUCAUAUUUGAAAGUUUUUUCAAUAUUUAAAAGACGCCAAAGAGAAAAAAAAAAUUGGGAUUCUAAUGUAUGUACAUAACUUAUGCAUCUCAUAUGUGAAAGUUUUUUCAUAUUUUUAUGCAUUUCUGAUUUUCCACAUUUUGUAAUGAUGUCAUCAUUAUUAUUGGGACAAACUGAAUAUGAUGAUUUA